AUGUGGAAGUCUCUUUUUGGAUGGGAUAAUGAUGAUUCUAAACUUGUCAAUCAACCAACUAUAGAUUAUAAUAUCACAUCUACAAGAACAACAAAACAAAAUCGCAAUAACAAUAUUAAGACUAUUCCCAAGACAUACGGCACAGUGAUUGAUUAUACAUCAGAUGAUGAUGAUGAGGCAGAGAAUGAAUUAGAUAGAGAUAUACGAUAUAAUACCAAUAUGAUUAAUGAAUGGUCUAGCAAUAUCAAACCUAUCAACGAAAAUCUUACAUUACCCAAUGAAUACCCCGGAAAAUUUCCAAAUCGUCCUCAUUCAGCACCAACCAUUACUAAGACUGAGCCAAUUAGAAAUUAUAAAAUCGAUAAGAAACUAGAGGCGUUGCAACGAGAAAUAGAUGCAGAAAUAGAAUCAGAUAAGAAUUCAAAUAUUGUUCAGAAUAUAAACAAACUACAUUCCAGAAUUCUCCAACAAACUUCGGUGCUAAGCAAUUUGAAUGAUCUUGUUGAUAUUUAUCAAGAUAAUGAAGAAAUGUUGAAUUUUAGUAAUGACGAAAAGUAUAAUCAACUUAAAAAGGAUUAUCUUGUUGAACUAAACAGGGUACUGAAACUAUACGAAGCUUAUUAUUUAUUAUUCAACAGAUACUUGGAAUUAAAGAGACUAAACAAAAAGAAUAACAAAGGUAAAACAAGUGCUGUUCCUGUUAAAGAGAAGUUGAAAUUAAUAAAGAGUAAAACUACAGAUGUAUCCAUCAAAAACAUUUGUGAGAAUGUUAUCAAUGACGUCAAGAAAAUGGAAAUUGAUUUUGAAAAUCAGAAAAACCAACUCAUUGAGAAACAUGAUUUUGAAGUUGAAGAAUUAAAGAAACGUAUCGAAGAGCUAGAGAGUGGUCUUAAGUGA